GACCUCAGUCAACGUGUGUGAUAUGAUUUAUAUUUAUAAUUAUAUAUCACAGUGACCUGUGUGUACAUAUAUUUGUUUACUCAAUUCAUAAAGUAAUUCAAGACACAUUUCGCGAAAAAUUUUGCGCCAUGGAUAAACCGCAAGUUAUUUCGCAUAUAGAGAAGUCUAUGAAUUUUACUUUGUAUGAUGUUAAAUGGAUUCCAUGUAGUGCCAAAUUCGUUGUAAUGGGAGCCCAUCCACAAGGGACAGGGGCGCUGCAAGUCUAUGAAAUGAACAAAGGGGAUGUAUCACUGGUACAUGAGUCUCAGAAAAGCAAAGCGAUUAAAUGCGGGUCAUUCGGUGCCAGCCAGCUGCAUCAGCGGUGCCUUGCGACAGGAGACUUUGAAGGCAAACUAAAUGUCUGGAAUCUCGAAAACACCGAAGUGCCAGUUUAUUCAGUGCAAGCUCACAAAGAAAUAAUCAACAGUAUCGACGGUGUGGCAGGCCUGGGCAUUGGUGAGGGCGCACCUGAAAUCGUCACAGGAAGCAGGGAUGGUGCAGUCAAAGUGUGGGAUACCCGGUUGAAAGGCAAGCCAGUAGUGGAGAUUGCGCCUGCGGAGGGAGAGGCGAGGAGAGAUUGCUGGGCAGUCACUUUUGGUCAUGCCUAUAACCACCAAGACAGAUGCGUUGCUGCAGGCUAUGAUAAUGGAGACUUGAAACUUUUUGAUCUACGCUCAAUGUCGUUGAGAUGGGAGACAAAUAUUAAGAACGGAAUUUGUGGCCUGGAGUUUGACAGAAAGGACAUCAAUAUGAACAAAUUGGUGGUGACAACGCUAGAGUCGAAAUUCCACGUCUAUGAUAUGCGUACACAACAUUCAAAGAAAGGAUUUACAUCACUUGAAGAAAAGGCUCACUCAAGCACGGUCUGGUCCGUGCGCCAUCUACCACAGAAUAGAGACAUCUUCAUGACAACGGGAGGAAACGGCAGUAUUUGCCUCUGGAAAUAUUCGUAUCCAGCGAGCAGGGUGGAGAAGCAGGAGGGCGAGGAGGAGGAGGUGGGCGUCGUCGGCAGCGUCACUCAGCUGCAGAACACCGCGCUCACCACCCAGCCGAUCUCAGCCUUCGACUGGUGCGUCGACAAGCCAGGCCUCGCCGCCUGCACGGCGUUCGACCAGACGCUACGCAUCCUCAUUGUAACGAAGCUCAACAAGGUGUGAGGUGUGUGUGUGUUUGUGUGUGAUAUAUCACAUUGCAGGGCCGUAGCUAGCAGGGUUGGGGGGAGUAACAGCGGUGAACUGCCCAUGGUCAGUUGCCCACGACGUAAACUGCACUUGGCUUUGCACGCGGGGGUGAAGUGUGCUACGGUCCUGUAUAAUGUAUACGAUAUGUAUACGUAUAAGAACGUACGUAUCGUUCAACACGAGGAAGUCUAUGAAAAGUGUUGAAGAUAAACGGUGCUGUAUGACGUUUAGCUUGUUCGACAGAGUACGAGGAAAGGAGUGGGUACUAAGAUGUAAAAUGGCAACAGUACUGUAGUGUUGGACGUUCGUCACAAGCUGAAUCAAACGUGUGUAGAUGAAAACGGUGCUGAAUGGUGUGCCGUGAAUGCAAUGAACAGUUGCCUGCCAUUCGACAUAAUAAAGUUCAGUGAUGAGGAGAAGAGAAUGAAGAGCAAAAUGCAGUGCUGAUUGGUGUGGCAUUGUGAACACGGAUGCACGGUGGCGACUCUGUGAAGAGGUUUUUUGUAAAUUAAAGCGAACUUUUUUUUGCAU